AUCGUUAAAAGAUAACAGUUCUCUUCUCGGACAGAGAUCUAGUCAAACAAUGACUUUAUUAAUUGUCCUGCCUUUGUUGAUUGGUGAUAAAGUACCAAGUGACUCUGAACACUGGAAACUUUUGCUGCUACUGUUAAAAAUUUCAAACAUUGUAUUUUCACCUGCAGUCCACAAAUCUGACAUGACAUACUUAGCUGCUUUGAUUGCUGACCAUAACUCACUGUUCAAAAAUCUUUUUCCAAAUAAGAAUUUAAUGUACAAACACCACAGGCUUAUACAUUAUCCAAGUCUAAUCCUAAAAAAUGGGCCACUAGCCAGGAUGUGGUGUAUGGAUGUAUGCGUUUUGAAGCCAAACACAAUUUUGUUAAGAGAAUAGCCCACAUUGUGUGCAAUUUUCGUAACAUUGCGUACACUCUUGCAUUUCGUCAUCAACUUGCACAAUGUAGUCAGUGGUGGAAAAAAACUGGUUUUAAACAAAGUCUUGUUGUGGGCACAUUUACAGAAACACUUUUAUAUCUUGUGCCAAAUGGAGAAACAAUAUCAUCACAUUUCGCAGAUAAACAUGUUGUUGUAUAUAUUGCAAAUUUUAUUGAAGCCUAUGGUACUGUUUACAAACCUGGAAUGUCACUAAUAGCAGACAUUAAUGAACAUGGAGAGCCAACUUUUAUUUGUAUAGACAAGAUUGUGAUAAUGGACAAAAAAGCUCAUUUGUUAUGUCUUAAUUUUAGGCUAAUUCAGUUUGAUGAGCAUCUUCACAGCUACACUGUAACUUGUGAUGACACCAACACUGUCAGCUGUUACACACUUGAUAGUUUGCAUGAUUAUCAUCCUGUUUUUUCAGAAUGUACAGCCUCCUUGUCUUAUCAAUACCAAUGAAGCAUAUAUACCUUUAGAAAGCUCUGCAUCUACAUAUACUGAUGUAAGACAGUCUAUUGAACCAACAACAACAAUCACAACAGAUCAAACAAGUUUUAAUGUUGUCAGCAGUUCUUCUAGUUCACAUCAAUGUCAAUAUAAGUUUGACAUUGACUCUAUGUUGAAAGAUCACCCUAAAGGUGCAUCAAUCUUAUCCGAAUAUGAACGAACCGGGCAGUUAGUCUUGAUGAAAGAUCUUUUUGUGCGUAUUAUUGUUGGAAAUCUUGUAAAAGAUAGUAACUGCUAUCCCAAUACAGAGAAAAAAAAGGCUUUAGCACUAGAAGUGAUAAACCGCUUUCCAACCUUAAGAAGUGGUAAUGGUGAUGGUUAUGAUGCUUACUUCAGACAGUAUGUUGAAGUAUUACGAAACGGAAAAGUUAAAAAAUAUUCCCCAUCAGGCUAUAUUGAAGAGCGUUUGAAAACGCUGAGAAAACAACUGCCAAUUACUGACAAGCCACACAAGCCGCAUCAGAAGCGCCUAAGAACAGAUGCAGUUGAUCUAGUCAAUGGACCCAUAACAGAGUAUUUUACAGAAGAUGAAAGGGUGCUCACCCAUGAACUUUUAAACGAGACACCUAACGAGAAUCGCAUAAAAAUUAUUAUGACAUCAACUUAUGAAAGUCGCAGUCUCUGGGUGAGGGAAGGAAGACCUCCAAUAAAAACAUUUUUUUCAUCAUUUCCCCCAUUAAGAAAUAUUUACUCAUCUGCGUUUGAAGAGGAAUUCUGCAGAAGUGCACCCAACAGCAAACGGUUAGUGGAUGGGCUGGGAGACUUUUUUUGGGAGAGGUUUUUCACGGAUCCUUUUGUAUGCCAAAGGAAAACGCAAAGGGUUGUCAACCGAUCUUACAAUAUUACUUGACGAAAUAGCAGCUAACAACAACCUACUUGAAGAUACCAAAGAAGAAUACGCUCUAUUACUACUUCCACUUAUGUUAACGGUUCCUAUGCGAAAUCGGCAACGUGCCUCGGUUGCUGAAGUUUGCAAGCGAUUUAUCCAGCUUCAUCCUUAUGGAACUUCAAUGGACGAAAUUCUUUCUAAAAUCAAAAGUGACAGUAUUAAACAAUCAAUAAUUAUUGCAUUGGGUGUAACUGGCAACAUUAGCCGAUCCUUUAUUGUUGUAGAAAACGAAGUUAUUGAAUCGUGUUGUAUGGUAUCUGAUGUUGAUAAGUGUUUCAAGCUACACUACAUCGGUCAAAUUGAGUACGACCAAAGUGUUAGUCAUGUUUGGCAGUUUUUGCAAGUGCAUUUUUAUGGGAUCUUAGAUAAUGUUCCUAUCUCAGAAUGUGUACGAGAUCUUGUUACUUUUUUAAAAGCACGUUAAAUAUGUUUGACACUCUUUUAAAUAAGCAACAUCUGCACAUAUUGUGAUAUAGAAAAUUUAUUAAUUGUUAUUCAAAUGCACGCAUCAACAAAAUCUUUUUUAUUUUAUUUGCAGUAUAUACUAAAAACUGUAAUGUUUGUAAUUAUGAUAAUAACUUUUUUUAACUUAA